CUCUCUCUCUCUUUCUUUUAUUGAAAGCCCCCCACUCCUUUUCCACUCUGUUUUUUUCUCUUUUUCUGAUUUUUGCAUAAAGUCUCUCCCAGUCGAACUCGUUUCUUUGAUUUUGUUGGAAUUCAAUCCAUACAUCUCCAUUAUGUCUUCUUUUUCAAAUAUGCUUUCUAGUCUCUAUUUCAAUGGAGACUACUACUUUAAUAAAGGCAAUCAAUAUUUGUUUGGUAGAGCAGGUUGUCCAAAAGAUCCCACCUUGGCUGUUUAUUACUACAAAAAAGCCAUGGAAGAAUGCCAGCAUGUGCCCUCCGAAGCCGUUUUGGGGUUUUGUUAUGAAUUUGGGCUAGGCAUUUCAGUGAGCACAAGUAGUAAAUUGUUUAUUCAAGCAGAGUAUCAUUAUUUAAAUGCAGCCAAUCAUCCCGAACAGCCCCAUGGUUUGGCCAUGGCACGUCUCGCCUUUUUAAGAAAAUACGGACGACCGGGUGUUCACAUCGAUCGAGUGGAAGCGGAAGCAUGGGCCAACAAAGUCAAUCAGCUCUCGAGCAGCAGCAGCAGCAGCAACAGCAGUGCCAUUCAAUGGAUCCUUCAGGCGGCCAUCGAAGAUCGAGAUGCGUGUGCUCAAUAUGCCCUGGGCGUGUGUUAUCAUGACGGUGUCGGUGUUCCCAAGGACGCCAAGGCGGCGUUCCGGUGGUACAAGGCAAGUGCCGAGCAAGGCCAUGCGCGCGGACAAGGCAUCCUGGGCUACUGCUACGGCGAGGGCUUUGGCGUCGCCAAGGACGAAGUGGAGGCCAUGCGCUGGUACCGUCGCGCAGCGGCCCAAGGCGAAACCGUCGCCAUCUACAAUGUCGGCUACUGUUACGAAGACGGGAUUGGCGUCGCAAAAGACGUACACGAAGCGGUCCGGUGGUAUCGGUGGUCGGCCGAGCAGGGCAAUGCGUUUGCCCAAAACUCCCUGGGCUACUGCUACGAAGAUGGCAUCGGCGUGACGCAAGACGUGGAGAGGGCCACGUACUGGUACCGCCAGUCGGCCCAGCAAGGGUAUCCGUGGGCCGAGUGCAAUCUAGGCUACUGCUACCAGAACGGCAUCGGCGUGCCCAAGAACGACGCCGCCGGCAGCUACUGGUACACCAAGGCGGCGCUUCAGGGCCAUGCACGCGCUCAGCACAAUCUCGGUUUCUGCUACCAGAACGGCAUCGGCGUGGCCAAGAAUGAAAAAGAAGCCGUCCAAUGGUAUCGUCGUUCCGCGGAGCGCGGCAACAUCUUUGCCUAUCACUCGUUGGGCUAUUGCUACCAGAACGGCAUCGGUGUCGAGGUCAAUGAGCAAGAGGCCGUCUUUUGGUACUAUUUAAGCGCGGAAGAGAACCAUGCCCCCGCCCAGCUGUCGCUCGGUUACUGCUAUCGCAAUGGCAUCGGCGUGCCCAAGAACGAGCGGGAGGCCGUCAAGUGGUUCCGUCAGAGUGCCGAGCAAGGCAAUGCGUUGGCCCAGAACUCGUUGGGCUUCUGUUAUGAAGAAGGCUUGGGUGUGGCGAAAGACUGUCCCCGUGCUGUCUAUUGGUAUCAUCAAUCCGCCAAACAAAACAAUCCGUGGGCACAAUGCAAUCUGGGCUUUUGUUACGCCAAUGGCAUCGGUGUCUCGGCGGUCGAUAACGAAAAAGCCGUGUAUUGGUAUCGUAAAGCCGCCGCACAGAAUCAUGCGCGUGCUUUGGACAAAUUGGGCUUGCAUUUACAGAAUGGAUUAGGCGUCGACAAAGAUCUCACGUCCGCCUUUGCUAUGUUUUCCAAAGCGGCAGGACUCGACCACGUAGCCGCUCAAUACCAUCUGGCCAAUUGCUAUGAAAAAGGCUUGGGCGUGACCGUGGAUCUACGUCAAGCGACCGUUUGGUUUGAAAGAGCCGCCAUGGCCGGUUGCCAAUUUGACAGGAGCAAAAGUGUGUUUAAACCAUCCUUCUGGGUUCAGGAGGCGGUCAGAAGACAAUAA